CUGCAUUUUAAGCACAAUGUGUAUGUUUUCGUUUCAUUAAUUAAUUCUACCGUUCUUGAACUCACCAAGCAAUUGAAGCACCGCUCUCUUUAUACACGAUCAUCUUGUGACUAGUGUAGAGGUACACCCUUCUGUGGCGCUGAAUUCGAGCUUAUGUAUUAUGAUUAAGGGUAAAAGUUCAGUUUGUCAUGCCUAAAACGUACCAUCAUGUGUGUUCUAAAUUAUUGGUCCUGGUGUAUUUACACUUCACCCUUCUCUUUUGCUGAUCCGAGAACAAACAUCUUGGGCGAGAGACAACUUUGUUCAACCAUGCCUGCUAGUUCACCGAAUGGCCAAUCGUCUUGCAUCAUCUUGCAGAUUAAUCAGUCUCAGCUCCGUCACGCGGAAUAUCUCCGAGCCACUGAAUAUUUCAGUUAUUGGAUUUACUGCUUGUUAUCAAAGACAAUAACCUACGCUAAUGGAGUUAUAACGGCCAUACACUGAAGUAAAGGUGUUGACUUAGGCCUCGUGUUGGAAUGAUUCGUGUCACGAACAGCUUUGUCAUCGAGUGUUUGGAUCCCGUUGUCCCUUGUCCUGCCUCAUGCACUCUGUCGGGAACAAACUGAGACAGAUUCAUUCUUCAGUGGGGAACUCAUCCUUUCAGACAUAGCAGUGAGCGAAGACACCGGUGAUAAGUACUGUGGUGGUGAGAAAUCCUCCCCACAUAGCCUCUCGGAGCAUGUCACCACACUCGAAGCAUUUCACAGAGGGCAGCGCGUUGUAAACUACAGGAAGCGCUCACCUCGCGCCACAUGAAAAAGACGAUGGAGCUUGUGCAGGAUUACAGUCGACUGGCGGCCAUAUUGAUGUCCUGGACUGUCACAGCGUUCAUCUGUCAUCAGUGUGCCAAGAGUUAUCUUUCCUUUCUCGGAGCGAGUACCAUGGGUUACAUGUCGGUGUCCAUGCUUCAGUUAUCAUUGUGUGUGUUGACGUUGACGAUCAAGUCGGGGAAAGAAAUCCCGUCAUCAUGGCAACACAAGGCAAUGACUUUAGCUGGUCACGUGAUAGCUACACUAGCAACUAAUUACAGCCUUUCUCUAAUUCACGCCUCGUCAACAUUCGCCAUUAAAAUGCUGGAACCAAUCACAAGUGCCGUUAUACAGAGGACUUUGUUCACGGUGACCUUGCCAAUCUCAUCGAUGUUAACAUUACCGGUCAUUGUGUCAGGGGCAAUCCUAUUUACUGGAAACCCAUUCCAAGACGCUGCAUUGUCACAAGGCCUCCUGUGGGCACUAAUUUCAAAUCUGGCCCUCGCAUUUCGUAAUAUAUCAAUGAAACGUUUGUUCCAAAAUGGUCACCAUCUUGAGGCUAGAACAAAAGUCGUAACACUCACGACCACAGGGACUCUGCUGCUGAUGCUGUGUCUUCUUUGUUUAGUCCAGGGACCUUCCUUCUGUCAUCUGGGGAUACUAGCAACGUCGUCCGCCGUCUUCCACGUCGUAUACACAUAUCUGUCAGUGGCAUUGGUGUUAAAGUCUGUUUCUGUCGUCACACACGCCGUCAUCAACAUUUUUAAAAGGGUCGCCGUCGUUUUAAUGUUGUGUGUGUUUGGAAGAAGGGGGCUAACUUUGAUCAACAUCGCGGGGUUAUUGGUGUCUGGUCUGGGCCUCGUACUCUACACUAUCAAGAAGAACCAAGCGCCAAGUCCAGCUAUGACCGUUCCUGCUGUAAGCACAAAAGGAACUGUUCAAAGAGUAGCUUUGUUUCUCCUGCCCCUGGCCUUGCUCUGCACAGCUACCGGAGUUACAAAGCUUCACUGGGACACUUUGGCUAACAUCAAAAUUCAACAGACGGAAUUAUCUCCAAUUGACGCAACCGAAUACUGGAAAUCCAUUGGCCUGCACUUCACACCUGAGAACGGACUUGAAGACUUUAUUUCUAUGAAGUACGUAGACCACCCAUACGAGACAGACAGACUGUCGCCGUUACUGACGCGCCACUAUGACGUCAUCAAGGAAGCACAAAGAAUACAUUUCAACAUCUUUAACGACUUGAUUGGUACCAAGAAAUACGCUAUUUUAUUUGAUGUGGCCGACUACGAAAACAAAGGAGACCCUGCCAUAUCGACUGGAGAAAUUAUCUUUCUUCGUAAACUCGGCAUACAGCUUAUUUAUUAUUGCUUGACAAGCAAAUGCCCCAACGCAAUACAUCAUUCUGUAAAGAUCAGUGAAAAGUACCCCAAAGAUCAAGUUAUAAUUCUUUUCCAAGGAGGUGGAAAUAUGUUUUCGUAUAAAAAAACUGACGAAAUAAGAGAAAAGGUGAUCAAGUCUUUCCCCAAUCAUCAAAUCAUCUGUUUCCCGCAAAGCAUCUGGUUAAGAUAUGAAGCAUCAGAAAUAAACCGCUUAGCGAAAAUAUAUAAUGGCCACAAAGAUUUUACACUAUUAAUCAGAGAUAGAAGCUCAUUGGAAAAGGUUAGCGCUCUCCUGAACAACACGAGGCGUAUUCUUGCCCCUGAUAUGGCGUUUCAGAUGGGAGCAGUGUCCCGCUUUGCUCCUCCAACAUUUGACAUUUUGUGGUUGAAAAGACAUGACGAAGAGGCUAUCGGGUACACACUACCAACGUUUCCUAAAAAUGUUACCGUUCACGUUGCAGACUGGUUCCGCACGUGGCCAACAGCAAGAGACGAAUCCACAAUGGAGAUGGCUAUCCAUAUGGCUACAAAUGGUCUGUUGUUUCUUCAGAGAGGACGUGUAGUCAUAGCUGACCGGCUUCAUGGCCAUAUUUUGUCCGUGUUGUUGGGCAUUCCGCACGUGAUUCUGGACAACUCCUACCACAAGGUGACCAGUUACCACAAAUCCUGGACACAGGGCAUGGACAAUGUCAAGGUCGCGAGUACGAGUGAUGACGCGUUGCAUAUGGCACUGGAAUUCCUUGACAAACAAGAUGACAUUUUACCACCCAUUCUACAGUACCAUGUUAGUCAUGAUUAAAACUUUCACAUAAAACAGCUCUUGGUAAAUGUGAAGCUAGGUUACACGUGGUUUGUUGGAAGCAGCUUAGGAUCAGAAUGUCAGACGAUGUAUAAUACCUAUUUGGGGCCCCUAAGUUGACAUGAUCAAACAAUGUUUACAAAAUAUAAGGUUUACAGAUAGUAGUGGCUUUCGAAUUGAUAAAUAUAUACUCUUCAAAAAAAGAAACGCAAAGCCAGAUUUGUAUGAGGUAGGAAAAUACAGUCAGCUACGUUUAUAACGAACGAACAUGCACGCUUAUGACGAACUGGCGGAUAUGACGAACUGUUUUGGUCCCGUCCAUUCGCUGUAUUUACAUGUAUGUUGUAAAUAUGUCUUAAACGAACUACGGUUAUAAUGAACUAAACUUCGUUUUAACCGUAGUUUACUCUAUGUGUUUGUGAGGUUUGUGUUGAAGGUGUCCUUGUUUAAAUUAUGUAUGUUUGUUGUUUGUUGGCAUUUAUGAUGGUGUAGGUACGAGGGCUGAUCAAACAGUUUUGACUAACUUUCAACUAUGGGCCAUAACAAAAAGAGCCAGUCGUUUGAGUUUGAGUAGUUCAUGUUAUAUUUGGGAUAACACUUUCUUCGUAAUGUACAGAUUUCUUAGUAAAGUCAGCGAUCUAACCCACUCAGCCACCGAGGCCACGAGAAUCUAUUCUUUACUAAGAAAGUGUUAUCCAAAUAUAACAUUUGUUACAUUUCACCACUUUCUAUCUGGCAUUGAGAAUCACAGCUUUCGGCCAUGGGAACCGUGCCAAUUUACACAUGUCCGAGGGGUACACACAGUAUGUGCUCUAGACUACCAGUUGUCGGACUUUAAUUUUGUGGAAGUCUCGGUGGCUGAGUGGGUUGGAGCGCUGACUUUGUGUGCUGGCGAUAAGGUGCCUCACUCUGGCAAGUAGGGGUUCGAAUCCCGGACGAGACUCAAUCCCAAAAGGUACGAGAAUCUGUACUUUACUAAGAAAGUGUUAUCCCAAUAAUAACAGUUACAUUUGACCACUUUCUAAACUGCAUAGUGUAUUCAUAUGUACACUGUGCAACAACGGUGUCUGAUGCAGACUUGGAGAAUCAUACCCCUGGUGACUAUGUCUUUAUGUUUUAAUAAUUUCAUAUUGCUUUGCUAAUAUUAUUGCUAGGAUCCCCUUUGUUAUUGUUAUGUAAGCAAAUGUUGUGGGUAAUGAAUUAUUCUUAGUGUAGAAUUAAUAAACUCUUCUUAAUUGC